GGGAUGAGAGUCGCAAAGCUCACCUUUUAAAUAAAACCGUCGAUCAAUUCACUCUAUAUUUUAUCCCAACCGAUAAAAAAUCUGCGGAGUCAAAUUUUCACUUGGAAUUUUAAAGCCAGUUUAUUCCUUUCUCUUCUUUCAUUCUGUUUCUCCUCCUUUCUCCCGCCCAACUACACAUGUGGUUGUACACUUAGCAAUACCCAAACACCCCUUCGAAUCAACCUUUUGUUCUCAAGCAGAAAGUUAAGCCGUAUCAACAGAUAAAUCCUACUAAGAACUGGUUUGAAAUCCGAUUGUAUCUACUCCAAUCUUCCGCCACGAUGGGUAAUCCUAAUGAGCACGAGUGUGCUGUAUCUGCGGGAAAUGAUUCGCCCAAGAAAUCGCAAAGUGCUAGUCAAAGCAACCGAUCUACCGCGCAAUCCAAGUCGACAGCAAUGAUGAAGCUUGAGCCAGACGUCUUGUUCACAGACACAAUGGGCAUGGAGACAAUUAUGUUGAAGGUUGGACCGUCUGAUGAUAUACAUGGCAAUAUGGUCUUUUCCAUCCACAAGAACUUGUUGAUCGCUUCUUCCCGUCGAUUCGCAAAGAUGUUGAGAACAACUGGACCUUUGGAUCGCAAUCAGAUGUAUUCAAUCCACGAUACGAGUCCUGCUAUAUUCAAAUACUUCAAUGAGUAUCUCUACACUCAUCGGAUCCCAGUCGUCAGUCGUCGCCUGUCGAAAGCUGAGCAAGGAACCCGAAUUUUGGAGCUUUGUCAACUCUAUGUCUUUGCGGAAAUGUUCGAGAUGGACAAUACCUUUCUCAACAAGAUCAUUGAUACGAUUCAAGAUGGUCUUGCUGUUAGUUCUACCUUUUUGUCAUUUAGUCUGGUAAGAAACAUUCUUGAACACUCCAAGCCAGAAUCUCCACUUCGCAAAUUCUGCGCCGCAAACGCUCUUUAUUCUGCCAUGGUUCCAGGUCUCGAUACAACUGGAUUCCAAUGGUUGAUAAAGAAUAGUGAGGAGUUUCUUGCUGAAUUCAUGAAGAUGCUCGUUAAGCUCACUAAGGCAACCGAUCCUCGUAUUCGCGACGUCAAGCAAGAAUAUGCAAAGGAAACCAAGAUAAAGGAAGAGGAAUUGGAGAACGGAGGAGUUGCUGUUGAUAAUGGCUCUGUUAUCGUUUCUGUUGUUGGUCCAGGUGUUCAUCCAUGCCAAUUCCAUAUUCAUGGUCGAUCGGGAUCUGGUUCAGGAGCCGCUGAUGGUGCCGACGAUGAUGAGAUAUGCUACUUAUUGGCUGAUCUAGAAGCAUAAAUAAAGCAAAAAUGACUGGACAUUGUCAUGAGCACGAAUAGAGGGUUCUCAUGUUAAGCACACGGCGUUUGUGGAGUCGAAGGUGGUUGAGAAGGAGCAAAUGGUGACGUACAAAUUAAAGCGGCGCUAGUGGAUGUUUGAUAUGGUAAGAGAAUUAUUAGAAUCAGAGGUAGCAGUGAGACAUCGGGAACAUAUCUGCUUUUCCUCCAUAUCAUGCCAUACAAUGCAUACGGAAUUAUCAAUGGAUGAUUUACCUGAUCGUUUUGCUUUCAUAGCAUGAAUUAUUAGGCAAAAUUGGAUGUUGACUCGAAUUAUUUUUAGUGACAUGCA